AUGACGCAGAAAACAACAACAACAACAACAUCCAAAGAAGGCUCUCCAGAGAUUGAUUGUUAUUAUAUGAAUGAAGAAGAGAACCACAACGAUAGUGAUUCUACAGAAGAAUCAUCUGAAGAUGAAGAAGAUGAUGAUGGUAAAUUAUUUCUCAUCGACUAUACAACAACAACGCUCGACAAUCUUCCUCAAUCAGCUAAACACAUUCUGCAAACAAUCGAACAUUGUAUGAAAUUCUUUGCGAAACGUGCUUAUCAACUGUUAAAUUCAAUGUUUCAAAUUGAUGAUAUUCAUGUGAUGGGUGCAUUUCUGCAUCCAAAUUAUAAAACUUCGAGAUCAGCAACGUCCACACAAAUCGAUGAUUGUCAUCAAGCUUGUCGCAUGGUUAUAACGACAAAUGCGGAACACGAUAUUACGGAAGAAUGUAUUGAAGAACUACUAUCGAAGAAACCAAAGAUUCUUUUUGAAUCUUUAAUGGAUCAUAAUCGAAUAACCAAGAAAAAAAAACGUCAAAGCUGCGAAAGAUGA